AUGGAAAGUCCUUAUAAGGCAUACUGGAAGAAGGUGGCCGAGGACGAGAAGCGAAUACUUGGGGAGGAGAAGUAUCAAGAAAUUCAAGAGCGUUACGCGGCGCUAAAAGACGAAUCUGGCCUGGACAGGCAAGUACGAGAGGAGGAGGAGAGACGAGAGCAGGAGGCGGAGAAACGAAAGCAGGAUGAGGAAAAGGUCAAGGGAGACCGAGGAAAGGCCAAAGCUGUCGAAAGAGACUCGAGUCCUCCCCGGUCGCGGAGCAAGCAGAGACUCAACUGUCCACCAGCAGCUGACCCCGACAAUCCGAAAGCCUGGGGAGUCCCGGUACCGGAUGCGAUGACUCCAAAGGAAAGGUAUCUAGACCAGCAAUUCCGGCAGUUGCCUCCCAACCUUAAAAUCCAGGCUAUCAGGACAGAGCGGGCCCGCCUUGAAGGGCUAUUGAAGGACUUGUGCGACAGUUACCACGGGCUAAUGGAGAAUAAGCUCAAGUUUGGCAUCGGAACCAUUCAAGCCCAGAUCAGAGAGCUUGCCAAGGAAAGAACCGAAAUUGACUGGCAGACGAUGAUACUACGACGCCGCUACGAUACCAUCACCAAAGAUGUCGUCGACGUCAGUUGGCGAGACUGGGAUAGGGAGCAGAGCGCUUUUGAGUCGUAUGCGGUGUUCGGCGUUUGCGGGUAUGAGAUCAGGGUCAAGGAUGCGAUACUCCAGAAGCACCUUGGCAUAUCCUGGGGAGAUUACGUUCGGGGGGAGGUGCAGGCGCUCAGAAAGAACUACCCUCCAAGUGCUCCCCCGUUCGUGCCGCUACGGCCAAGUCAGCCUUUCAUCGAGCCUACCACUGAGAAAGCUUGGGUCAAACAUGGCGAUAAUGUCAAGCUUCGCCAUGACUCGACGAUCGAAGACAUGGAGGAAUACGAGGACCUGUACAGCAUCGACCUGUGUUUCAACCCAAGAGGUCAGGUUCCUCUAGGAGCUCAACAUGCGACGCUCCAGAGCCUUCACUCGGGCAAGGACAAGUUGCUCGACGAUGUUGCAGUAUAUCGCCGCGAUCUUGAAGCGAUGAUCGGUUGGGAGCGCGAUCGCGAGGAACGCAAGUGGUAUAAGAAGAUGUUGAAGAAGGUGAACAAAUGGAUAUGGAGAGUCGAGGGGACUGCCGAUGCGGCUGCAAUACAGUUCUACACGGACCUCUACGAACGUGGGUUUGCUUUGGACACCUCUUCGGGCACAAGAGCAGUACCGAGCGAUGGACGUCCCUCAUUCUCCCCCACUGUGGUUGCGCAUCCUCGGUCCACUGCUACGGUGGUCCAAGUAGAAGAGAAGGACUCUGAGACGAGUUCUGACAGGGGCGGACUACUGGCCGAUUAUGAGAAGCCUCCGAGCGAAGCGAUGUCAAUGGUGCCACCAGAUUCUGAUUCAGAUAGCGAGUCGAGCACUGAGUCGAGCGACGACGAUGCGGAGAGCCAGCCGGGCACGCUAAUCCCACCUCCCGUAGCUCCAGGAGACAGACGUGCCCAUUGUGAGCCGCCGCAAUUCGUGGAUGCGAAAAGGCAGGAGUCCAACAUGGAUCAGCGCAAAGGAGCCAACGCUCUCCUGGGACAGGUCGCUGCUGGCAGCCAGCAGAGUACCCGUCGUAAGUUCAACGGGCAGCCUGUGGCCGUUGCGGGACCCUCAAAGCAGACUCCUUGGAGACGCCAGCAGGAGAAUAAGGGCGACUAUGUUAGUGAGGACGACAUGCCGAAAAUUCUGGCCAUGAUUGCGGAGCAGGAGGCUCGAGAGCAAGAGCGGAACAGGCAGAUGGGUCAGUGA